AUGAGUGGUUCAAAAUAUCCUACGACGAUGAGUUGUAUGGAUGCAUUCAAUCGGUUGACUACAUGCUACUCGUUAGGUGGUCAAUUUCGAAGUUACUAUCGUAAUGGACAGUUGAAUGCAUGUGAUAAACAGCUGGAGAAGCUUAAGUUUUGUGUGUUUAAUAGUUCUGACCCCAUUGCGGUGCAACAGUGGUAUCAACAGGAAGCUGAGAGGAACAAACGACUUGUGGGCAGUACGGAUAUCAUUUGGAGUGAACGUCCUUAA